AGGGUGACCCGGGAAUAGCAUAGAGCCAUAGACCAAAGAGGGAAGGAAGAGGAUCAACGCAAAGUCGCAAAUUCUCCUAUUCUCAACCAUCAUGGCUCUUGUAAGUCGAAGUGCAACCACCUGGCGCCUCCCUCAACGGUUGGUUUCCGUUUCCCUCCUCUCCUCCGGCGCCGCCACUCCCACUCAAUAUAAUCGACCACCGCCUCCCGCACCAUCCUCUCCCGCCGGCAUCUCCAAGACUGCGGAAUUCGUGAUAUCGAAGGUGGACGAUCUCAUGAACUGGGCCCGAAGCGGUUCCAUCUGGCCCAUGACCUUUGGGCUCGCUUGCUGCGCCGUUGAAAUGAUGCACACCGGCGCCGCCCGCUACGAUCUCGAUCGAUUCGGCAUCAUCUUCAGGCCCAGCCCUCGCCAGUCCGAUUGCAUGAUCGUUGCCGGAACCCUCACUAACAAGAUGGCCCCUGCUCUUCGCAAGGUUUAUGAUCAAAUGCCCGAGCCUAGGUGGGUUGUCUCUAUGGGAAGUUGUGCUAACGGAGGUGGAUACUACCACUAUUCAUACUCUGUUGUUAGAGGAUGUGACAGGAUUGUUCCUGUUGACAUAUAUGUUCCGGGCUGUCCUCCAACUGCUGAGGCUUUACUAUAUGGGCUCCUCCAGCUGCAGAAGAAGAUCCAUAGGCGUAAGGACUUACUCCACUGGUGGACCAAGUGAGGUCAAUUAAAUUUAUUUCUUGGCUGCUUAGCUAUGUUAUAAUAAGCAAUUCACAGUGGUUUCCCUUGCUACAAUGCGCCCCAUGUAAGAUGGAGAUUGUGUUGACAUAUUUAGUUCGGUCAUUCUGUGCAGCACUUGUGGUGCUUCAUGUCAUUUGGAAAGUUAUUACUGUUGGACUUGAUCUGCUCAUGAAACACGCGUGUUUGUAAUUUGUUAAAGCUUCUGAUGUAUGUUGUUAAAUCUGGGAAUAAAGAAGACACCCCAUGUUCGACUCAUAAGUUACUGUUUUUAUGUUUGAACAAUUUUCUACUUGCUUAUUCUAGAUCACUAGUUAGGGUGAAUCUAUUGAAAUGAUUUGUUUCGGC